CGCCGCCGAACUUGCGCUGCGGCGGGCGGGUGGGGCGGCCCUGGAGUCGGCGGGGCGGGCACGUGAGCGAUGGAGACCAUCUGGAUCUACCAGUUCCGCCUCAUCGUGAUCGGGGACUCCACCGUGGGCAAGUCGUGCCUCCUGCACCGCUUUACCCAGGGCCGCUUCCCGGGGCUGCGCUCCCCCGCCUGCGACCCCACCGUCGGCGUGGACUUCUUCUCCCGCCUGCUGGAGAUCGAGCCGGGCAAGAGGAUCAAGCUUCAGCUGUGGGACACGGCGGGGCAGGAGCGGUUCAGAUCAAUAACUCGAUCUUAUUACCGCAACUCAGUUGGUGGAUUUUUAGUAUUUGACAUUACUAACCGACGAUCCUUUGAACAUGUGAGAGAUUGGCUAGAAGAAGCAAAAAUGUAUGUACAGCCAUUUCGGAUUGUAUUUCUGCUAGUUGGACACAAAUGUGAUUUAGCUUCACAACGUCAAGUUACAAGGGAAGAAGCGGAAAAACUGUCAGCGGACUGUGGUAUGAAGUAUAUAGAAACCUCAGCAAAAGAUGCCACAAAUGUUGAGGAAUCCUUCACAAUCUUGACGAGAGACAUAUAUGAACUUAUUAAAAAGGGAGAAAUUUGUAUUCAGGAUGGUUGGGAAGGGGUGAAAAGCGGUUUUGUUCCAAAUACUGUGCAUUCUUCUGAGGAAGCAGUAAAGCCCAGGAAAGAGUGCUUCUGCUGACUUCAAACAUGCCAAAGAACUAACAAGAGCAGAUUGGGUGUCAUUUCCAGAUAAAUAUAACACUAAGAGCAGGCUGAUGCAAUGCAAGCAUUAAAAAAUGUCGUUUAUCUAACUCACGAGCCCAUAUUAACACUAUUUUCUAAGGUAUUUAAUUCAGAGCACUGUGCUUAUUUGUUAUGCGACAUGGUUGGAUGUUUUGCAAAAUUACCAGGCAAAGCGGACAACUUUUUCUUAAAACUGGAGUAUCUACACAAUUAUCUCUGUUUUCACUUUGUUAUCGUAUAGCUGACCUUAGUAUCCGAAUCCAUCAAUAUUACUCAUUUUUCUUGACAGUCUGAAAUGAGUUGUUUUUGUGUGUGUGUAUAUACAUAUCUAUAUACAUAAAUAUAUAUAUAUAUAGUCUGAUUUAAAAGCCUUUAUCAGGAAUUAUAUUCUUUUAACUUAAUUUUGAACAGUAAAGUAGGUAUCAGAGUGUGCUGUUCACUUACAAGGAAACAAUCUCAGAGGUACUGACUAGGACUAAAGUAGCAGUUUCUUAUUUAAGAGACCAGGUUUUUAACCAUCCUAUGAAAUAUUUAUCUUCCUUAAUUUUGCCUGGGGAAACUCUGGUGGCAUAGUAGUUAAGUGCUACGGCUGCUAACCAAAGGGUCAGCAGUUUGAAUCUGCCAGGUGCUCCUUGGAAACUCUAUGGGGCAGUUCUACUCUGUCCUAUAGGGUUGCUAUGAAUCAGAAUCGACGCGAUGGCACUGGGUUUGGUUUGGGUUUUAAUUUUGCCUGAAUAUAAGAAAAUAAGUUUUAUUCUCAUUUUUCUUUUCUGAUUUGUUGCUUCUGAAGAUUUUAUGUUUUAUAAAUGUGUCUAGGAAUCCAAGCAAAGUAUUUUAUUGCAAAUACUUGUAAAAAUAAAAACAACCAUUUAUCAGCAGAUGUUUUCAUGCUUUAGUAUACUGUCCUUACUUGACAGAAAAAAAAACAAAUUUACUAUACGCUGGCAUUUUCAAAGAAAUUAAAUGCAAUUUUACCUUGAACUAAUGUCAAAAUUAUCAAUAUAAGUAAAUAUAGUAAAUUUCUAAACUAUCCCAUUUCCUAUACAAGGAAAGUAUAGAAAAGAGUUUUCUGGACAAGGAAAAUUAGCUAAAUGUUUGGUAUAUUUAGUAUUCAAGUUGUAUUUUACAAUCUCAUCUAUAAAAGUGAAGAUGAAAUAAUGAAUCAAGAGAGUACAAUGACUUUUGAGUUCCCUAAUUUUUAAACCUACUGAUUUAAAGUCCUUUCCUGAAAGAGACAUUUUGAUCAUAACGUCAAAUAUUUUAUAACACACGUUUCUAUUCUGUUCUGUACACCAUUUCUAAUCACAGAGAGGGGCACCACAUGAAGCUGCCUUCUUGGAAACUUAAGGACUUUACUGUUAAACUGUAGUUGCCUCAUUUGUUUGAAAACCAAAGUAGACUAGUAGAAAGAAUAUUUAAUCAGAAAACUUGAGUCCUAAGCUUGCCUUUGCUGUACUAAUAUUUGACCAUGAGUAAGUCACUUAACCUUUCUAAGCAUCAGUUUUCUCAUCUGUAAAAUGAAGCUAAUACCCCAUUUGUUAUGUUUUGUGGAAUUAUUUUGAGAAUCCAGUGAUUCAUGUGAAAAAGCUUUGUAAGUAGAGAAAACAUUAUGGAGAUGUGAAAUUAUCAGCUGCUCAUGUGCGUGAGAAUUUUGUUUUCUUAUGUUCCUUCCCUCCAUUCCUGUGCAGAGGGAGCAGAAAAAGGUACAUACAGGUUUUCACAGACCUGGGGAAAUUCAUGGCCUUGAUGCUUACCCUCUGCCAUUUGAUUCCGAAACGCUGUCCUCCAAAGUGGAAAUCAUAGGGAAGAAAUCCCCAGAGAAUUAAUUCAAUCAAAAGUCUUUUUCAAAAAAGGGGACUGAAAUCAUAAAAGCACUGGGAUAAUAUAGUCUUGUUUUUGGUUAAAAACCUGCGGGGGCAUUUUGUCUUACAAACUGUCAACAAAUUCCCAUUCUUGUAGCAUGACUUUUAUCUUGCCCUCACAUCUACUAGCAGAAUGAGUAUUUUACUAAAUUAUCAGGCAAAGCAGAUAACUUUUUCUUGAAACAGACGUAUCUACAUAAUUACCUCCAUUCUCACUUUGUUAGCAUAUAUCUGACAUUAGUGUCCAACUCAUUUUUCUUGACAGUAUGAAAUGUGUUUUUAAUUCAUCUUUGAAGUAGAUAUUUAAUUGUAUUUUUUAAAUAUUUGUAUAUUUUCUAGGUUCAUAUAAGAAUUUAAUAGUGUUUAUGGAGAGAGGAAUGCAAAUUAUACCACCACUAUAAAAUUUUUGAAUAUUUAUAUUGGCAACAUUCUCUUGAUGUCUUGAAUUUUAUUUGAGUGAGUUCAAACUGUAAUUGACUAGAUAACACCUGCCCCCAAAAUGUGAAGUAAUCCAAUUUUACUGUUACAAUAUUAAAUCUCAUAUUCAAGCAAUUUACCUUCACUACAAAUGGUAUCAACUCAAAUACUGAGUAUCAGUAGUUUAAAGUGCAGUCACUGUGCCUACUUGUAAAGUUAAACAUCUAAAAUAUAAAAUGUGAUUUAACUCUCAGAGGACACACUUUAUGAUACUAAUUAAUGUUGGGAUAGGACUAGUAUGCUGACUGAAAAAUAUGAUAUGUUCUAAGAUCUAGAAUAGAAUUAAGGAAACAGAAGAAACGAAUGGGAAGACAGAGCCCCAAAAAGUUGAUAACUUACUGUCACACAUGAACAGAAGCAAGGCUAGAACUUUGGUUCUCUUAACAUCUUCUUUCCGUUACCAUGCUGUGGUAUAUGUGUGUGUGUUUAUGGAAAAGGAAAGGGAAAAUGCGAUGUAACUGAACCCACAAAAUACUGAAAGUGAGCUAAAUCAUUCUGAUGUUAUGGAGGAGCUAUCUGUGGUAAAACAAUAGUAAUAUCAACAAUGACUACAAAGAUCUGAGUUCUUACAUAAUAUUGCCAACACGUCUGUAUAACCUUAGCCAGAUAUCUUUAUCCAUAUAUAUAAAAUAGCUGAUCUAUUUUCUUAUAUAUUAUUCUAGAGAAUAUGGACAAUAAUAAUGUCAAAAUAGCGAAAAUAUUUGCCUCAGGCAAAACAUUUUGACCAAGUUGCUUAGAAAUCAGAUGUACUUGAUUUUAUAUUAAAAUGAUUAAAUUUAAAUAUUAUUUAAAUUAAAGCAUUUUAAAC